AUAAUGCGUGGCCGUUUUUUAUUAAUCGAAUUUUCGAGUCGCCGGCCGAAUGAGUAUCAAGAAAUGGUUCACUGGUAAAGCAACCACAACCCAAAGCAACAUGAAUAAGCAAGAGAAGGUGAAGCAACUGAGUAUUGUUCCAACAAAACACAAUUCGUGUUGUUCGUCAACAACAAAAAUCGAACGAGAGAGUUCUUCCGCGUCUCUACCCUACGAACCGACCUGUUUGCACGUCUCCUGUGUCGAUGGAAACGAUUCACAGUCGUCUGAACAAAUAGUUAAGGAAAAAUCCGUUCGGAAGUUUGGUUUGUUUGGUUUGUGGUGGAAAAGUAGUCGAAGUUCUAGUCUAGUAAAAACUACGGAAGGAACAACUCAACAACAGAGCGAACAGCAAGUUGAAAACAACCAGUUGUUGAAAGAUCCUAAUGUUUUAGCGUUUCUUGAAAGUGUUGAUCGCCGUCUUAAUGACAGUCGUCUUCCUUUGGAUAAGAGCGAUAUGGUUCGGUUGGAAACUUUUCAAGCACAAGCAAUGGCAGAUGGUUGCAACGAACUUUUGGAUAUUAUUGAAUACUUCGAAUGGGAGAAUGAUCGGUGCUUACUUAUUUUGAGGAGUGCAGGUCCUUCCAAACCGUUCUCAGCGGUUGCUUGUUCGUCUUAAGGGGAAUGAUAUGUGGAAAAAUUUUGGGAAGCUUCAACACGAGUUUUGUAUUCUUUCUUUUUAUGAAAAUUUGUAAUAAAUAGUGAACGUUGUAU